AUGAUUAAAUCAAGAAUAAAAUUCCAUUCUAUGUUGGGAGUCUAAUCGAUAAGCACAUUUCCAUCCUAGUUUGGAUUUCCUUGUUGCUCGCAAUACAAAUUGUCAGCACAACUUGUAUUGAUCGCCAGAUUUAAUAAAUUCGACCUAUCAUCCUACUUUAUUUUAAUCUACUACAGCGUAUUUCAGCUCUUGCACUUUGGAACAUAGUCCAUUUGGUUUUUGUUGUGUCUUAUAGAAAUUAAUUAAACCGAAAAAUAAAAAAUACACCUCUUUAAUAAAAUCUUGUAAGUUACAACUAGCAUCAUUGUGUAUUCACUUUCGUAUCGAGGUAAUACAGAGUAUUCAGAAUUUCAAUCCAUUAUUUAUUGUCUGGCAUUUCUAUUCUAUCAACUUCUGAAGGACGUUGGUCAAUUUUCUAAGUUUGAAGUAGCUGAAAAUGAAAUACUACAAGAGUUGAAGAAACAGAUCAUCAUUAAAAUAUUUGAUCAAAAUUACUAGGACAUUACACCCAACAAUUCGCCACAAUUGGAAAGCAAUCCUUAUGUUUUGAUGACCCAAAAUACAUAAAUGGACGAUAAUCAACAAUUCUACAUUAAAUGCUAUUCAGACAAGGACUUUGCAGGCAGUCCUGAUCAAAAUCAAAAUAAUAACAAACAGAUAGUAUUCCAAGAUUGCAUAUCCUUAUUGAAGUUCAUUAACAAUUAAGAUUCAUUUGUGAGUUCAGAAUAGAAUCACUUUAUCGCCUCAUCAAUUGACAUGCAAAAGAACACUAAAUAAAAGUUCAGAGUGAUGCACAAGAGAGUAAGUUUAGGGAAUACGUAAAUUUUAGCUUUUUGGAAGAUCGAUUCCUUCACUGUUAAGCAAACUAAACAAAAAUUUUCUUAAUUUAAAAAGUAAUUUACUGAUCUCUUUGCUCAUAAACUUAAAACUCCACUGAAUGCAACCUUAGGAUUCCUCUCCUCAGCCUACAAUAGUGCUGAUGUAGAUAGUAACACUAAAUCUCAUUUUAUUAAGCCUGCUUACAUUAACUCAAAAUUGCAAUAUUUUUAAAUUUCAGAUUUAUUGGAAUUCCUAAGUCCCUAAAUAGACAAGAUCACAAUACAACAAACCAAAAUAAAUAUGAGAACUUUCCUACUAUCUUUAACCGAAUUGAUUGAAUCUCAAUGCAUUAAUAAAAGAAUCUUGUUUCAAGUCUUUGUAGAACAGGUUCCAUUGUAAUAAAUUGACAACUUUUACAUAAAUUCAGAUGAUCUCAAAUUGGAACGAGUGUUAUAUAAUAUUUUAAAUCAAUCAUAUAGACAUACACCUUCUGGUGGUUAAAUUACUCUUAGUUUAAGUAUAAACAAGGAAAAUACAGAAAUGGAUUUUGUCAUUGAUGGAAGUGGAUGUGGUUUUAGUGAUGAAGACAUUGAGAAUAUUAAUAUGUGGAUCAAAUCUCAAUCUGAUUUCAAUUUCAAAAAGAAGCACUUAGUCAUCAAAAAAGAAUUAAGGAUGUCCUUAGAAAUCACCAAUAAUCUUAUUAACAUUUUAAGUUCUCAAGAAUAGAAUUUAGAAGUAGCAUAAUCUGAAAUGGGAACAGAAUUUAAAUUCAAAAUUAACAUAAAAGAGAACAAGGCUACCGAAAGUUUGCAAGAAAUCUAAUCCGUUGGUUUGAUGCUCAAACAGAGAAGUGUAAGAAACAUGAAAAGUUCUUAAAACAACAACGGAAUGGCAAAAUCCAUCUUCUCCUCUCCAGAUCCAUAGUUACAGUUGAAUUCAUAGACAGUGCUUGAUGAACCUCGAGCCAAAUAGCCAUUGACUAAUAAGGUUAAAUUUGGUAAAUGGCAAAAGUAACACAAGGAAUUGAAACGAGCUCGUUCUUCAUUGUUGAAUAAAAACUUGAUGGAUACUGACAAAUCAAUUUUGAUUGUAGAUGAUGAACCCUUCAAUCAUGACACUUUGAUUUUGAUGAUGAAGAGCAUGGGGUAUAAGUAUUUCUUGAAAGCCUUUAAUGGGCAGUAGGCCAUAGACAUGGUUUAGUAGAAUGAGUUUGAUAUUUGUUUGAUUCUUAUGGACUUGGAUAUGCCAAUUAUGGGAGGAAUUGAGGCCACAAAAAUAUUAGUUUAAAUGAUGAUUGAUUUAGAAUUAGCCUACAUUCCAAUAAUAGGUUGCACAGCUCACGAUGAUAAGGAAACUUUGGAAUAAUGCACAGAGGUUGGCAUGCUUCAUGUAGUGUUGAAACCAGUCUUUGUGAAAACGUUGAGGGAAGCAUUUUAGUAUAUAGUAUUUAGCGAAGAGGUUAAAAAGCGAUCAUAAUAUCUUUUACCUUCUUAAUUGUAAAUUUGA